UAUACAGUGAUAAUGAGUGCCGACGAUGAGAUGCAGUGCGAGCCAACGCUGAGGAACAUCAUAGAGCAGACAUCCCUCAAGUGGAUCUUCGUGGGCGGCAAAGGCGGAGUUGGGAAAACAACUUGCAGCUGCAGCCUGGCCAUCCAGUUGUCACGCGUUCGCGACUCCGUCCUGAUCAUCUCUACUGAUCCAGCUCACAAUAUCUCCGAUGCACUGGAUCAGAAAUUCUCAAAAGUCCCCACGAAGGUGAGAGGCUUCGAGAAUCUCUUCGCGAUGGAAAUCGAUCCCAAUGUGGGCCUCAAUGAGCUGCCGGACGAGUACUUCGAGGGUGACAAUGAGGCUCUGAAGCUGGGCAAGGGAGUCCUCCAUGACAUCCUGGGCGCUCUGCCCGGCAUCGACGAGGCCAUGAGCUAUGCCGAGGUCAUGAAGCUGGUCAAGGCGAUGAACUUCUCAGUAGUGGUGUUCGACACAGCGCCAACUGGUCACACUCUACGCCUGCUCUCCUUUCCCCAGGUGGUGGAGAAAGGCCUGGGCAAGAUUCUAAAGAUCAAAAUGAAGAUUUCGCCAUUCCUCACGCAACUCAGCGGCCUGUUCGGCAUGCAGGACUUCAAUGCCGACAGCUUCACCACGAAACUCGAGGAGAUGCUCACGAUCAUUCGCCAGGUGAACCAGCAGUUCAGGAAUCCCGACCAGACCACCUUCGUGUGCGUCUGUAUCGCCGAAUUCCUGUCGCUGUACGAGACCGAGCGCCUGAUCCAGGAGCUGACUAAGUGUGAAAUCGACACACACAACAUCAUCGUGAACCAGUUGCUCUUCCGGCCGCCCAACAGCCAGCCGUGCAAGAUGUGCGCCGCACGCUACGGCGUGCAGGAGAAGUAUCUCGAGCAGAUUGCCGAUCUCUACGAGGACUUCCACGUGGUUAAGUUGCCGCUGCUCGAGGCGGAAGUGCGCGGCGCAGAAAGCGUGGCGGCUUUCUCUAAAAAUCUCCUCACGCCCUAUGAGCCCAAGUAG